AUGGCCUCUUUUCGCCUGCCUCGCGUUUCCCGGUUAAAUUCUUUACUUGGAUCCUCAAAGAUACGGGGACUGCAAGGAAUACGGGCUGCUAACAGGCAUGGUAAAGAAACUCGUAACAACGGUGCUGCUUCUGAUUCCUUGCCAGCUGCAACAAAAUGCUUUGGCAAUGAGUCUUCAGCGGGCCUUUCAGGUUCUACGAGUGACAGAAAUGAGAAAGAUGCUGUGCCCUUCUUAUGUCAAUCAACGCGAAUUCAUCAUGCUGACUUUGCUCCAUUUUGUGUGUACGCACCUUCUCUACAUCAAUUAAAUCUUGCCAAUAACCAGCUCUCCUGCGUCCCGGCGUGGCUAUUUGGCGGUGGCAUCGCAAUUUCUACACAGAGCUGGAAGCACCGCCGCUCUUUAAUGCAUUCAAAUAAUUUUGGUAAGAAAAACAGGUCUCUGCUAUACACAAGGUAA